GUCUAGCCGGCACAGCUAAGUUCCUGUUACAGGCGUGGUCGUUGACAGGCGGCACCCGUGACUUACAGUGCGGCUCCAGCAGAGAGGGCCAAAGCAGGGGAUUCCCCGAAGCCGCGCGUUUUACCGAUCUCUGGAGCAAAAUGCUGUCGCGCAGAUGGUUUUCAUUAAGCAAGCCCCAUCCUAUCCUGUUUAGAAUGCUGACAUCAUCUGGCAGUGGUUCCCAGGUUAUUCAGAACAUAGAAGAAGGACAUUUUCCCAUUCAUGUGAAUAGUGUGCGAAGUAAAUUAAGAGAGCUAGUGGGAGCAUCCACCAAUUGGAGAGACCAUGUGCAAGUGAUGAAUGAAAGAAAAUCCUUACAUACACUCCUUGCUAAAACCCAAGCUGACCUGCCCCCUAGGAAAAUGAAAGACAGCUAUAUAGACGUUAUCUUGCCUUUAGGAAGUCAGCCCGAAAUAAGAGAAAAAUAUCUCAAUAUGCAAAACACUGUCAGAUUUGGUCGAAUACUUGAAGACCUUGACAGCUUAGGAGUUCUUAUUUGUUACACUCAUACAAAAAAUGAAGCCACUCUGAGAUCUCCUUUAUCAAUUGUUACAGCACUCGUGGAUAAAAUUGGAAUAACUACAUGUUCUGAUGAAUAUACAUUUCUGGCCAACAUGUCAUUUUUGAAUUUUAUUGUGGAACUUCAACCCCCAUCAGUCCUCGGCUGCUUAUUCCAAGAUGGCGCCACUGAAGUUUGCCUCGGUUUAUGGAAGCAGUAUAUUCAUCCGGAUUGUGAUAUCAAGUUCACUGGGAAUGUUUCCUGGGUUGGAAAAACUUCAAUGGAAGUGAAGAUACACAUGCUUCAGUUGCUUGAUGCAGUCUAUUCCCCUGUGUUAGAUGCAACUUUUGUCAUGGUGGCCCGUGAUCCAGAAAAUAAAAGACCAGCAUUUGUCAAUCCAUUAAUUGCUGAAACCCCAGAGGAGGAAAAAAUCUUAAAGGAAGGAGAAAAGAACAAGAUCAGGCGGCUUGAAUCUAGUAGGGCUUCUUUACUGAAGGUUGCUCCUACUGCAGAUGAAAGAAAUAUUAUCCACAAUAUGUUCCUGAAUACUCUAGAUUCAAGGACAGUAAGUUUUCGUAGUCGGGUAUUACUACCCAAUUCAGUAUGGAUGCAAGACACAAAAUUAAAGGGUUUGGAGAUAUGCCAUCCACAGGAACGUAACAUUUUCAACAGAAUCUUUGGAGGCUUUCUCAUGAGAAAAGCAUAUGAACUUGGAUGGGCUACUGCUUACAGUUAUGGAAACUCCAGACCUUAUGUGGUAGCUGUAGAUGAUAUUAUGUUUCAAAAACCAGUUGAAAUUGGAUCCUUACUAUUACUUUCUUCCCAGGUUUGUUAUACUAAAAAAAAUAACAUCCAGGUUCGGGUGCAUAGUGAAGUUUAUGAUCCAGAGACCAGGGUACACCACACAACGAAUGUCUUCCAUUUCACAUUUAUGAUAGAGAAGGAAAUACCAGAUGUUGUUCCCAAGACAUAUGGUGAAUCUAUGUUGUAUUUGGAUGGAAAAAGGCACUUUGAUUCAGUUAUGAAAGAAAACACAACAUAGGAUCAGCACGGAAUUAUAGCUUUUGAUGGCCUUGGAAAGUUCAAACAUAGUAGUUAUCAAAAAGAACAGAAAAGUAUUUUUACUCCAAAAACAGUACAGAAAUAUUAUAAAGGUUUUAUAUUUCUAUCCAAGUAUAUUUGUUGCUAUUUAUACAAAAAUUUUAAUGUUCUCAUUGCAUAUAUUCUUCAUAUGUUUAAGCAUGAAAAAAAUAUAGAAUAUCUUGCUGAGGUCCAAUUAUGAUUGGGAUGGGCAAAAUAUUGUGUAAAUAAAUCAGUAGCAAAAGGAAAAAAGUUACCUUUGAGUAGGAAGUAUGGAAAAUAGUAUAGAAUAAUGCUCCUGAAUAUCUUUCAUACUUUUAAAAACUUGUGCAUUAUUUAAAGUCAUGCAACCUAUAGUGGGAACACUAUAUUGGGCCAAUUAAGACAUUUUCCCCCUUUCCCUUUGGAUCGGGGUGAAAUGCUCCUAGUUUGGACUGGAUCACUUGAUCCGGUAGCGAUGGUGGCUGGUGGUUCAGAGAACCAGUAGCAAAAAUCUCUGGCCUCUCCCCCUGCCCCUGCUGAGCCGUGCCAUCAUCAGGUUUUUUUUUUACUUUUAAAAGCAUUUUUUCUUCAGCCAAAAAAAUGCCUUUAAAAGUAAAAAAAAGCCUUUGAUGAUCCCGCGGCUCAGCUGGGAUCAUCAGAACCCUUUAAACUCUUUUUUUUAACAACCUCUUAGGCCAAAGAGGUUGUAAAAAAAAAAGGUUUUAAAAGGCUCCUCUGGUGAUCCCAGCUGAGUUGCCUGAUCACCAGAACCUUUAAAAAACAUGUUUUCUACAAGCUCUUCAGCCGAAGAGGUUGUUAAAACAAUCCUUUUAAGGGGUUCUGGGCUACAAUCAGGCAACUUCAGCUGGGAUCGUCAGAGGAGCCUUUUAAAAUCUUUUUUUCCUCUGGCGAUCCCAGAUGAGUUUCCUGAUCAUCACAGCUUUUAAAAUCAUUUUUUAACAACCUCUUACAACAGCCCCCACCCAUGCCCACCCAAUUGCCCCAUCCUCACUUACUUAAUUGCUGCUUAUUUGCUUUGCUUCGGCUGCUGCAAUCAGUUGCAUCAGCUAGCAACUGAAUCUGCCUGCCUGCAAUCCAUCUCCUCGGUGAGCAACUCAAUCUACUUGCCUCCAAUUAGGUAAGUAAACUAUUAAAAAAUAGUUAAUUAUGUUUUUUUUAAGGAGUUGGGGUUUUUUAGAUAGCAAUUUAAAGUUCAGGUAGUUUUAAAUUUAGCUGCUUUUAUCUAAAACAGGUCUCCAACCUUAGUAACUUUAAGGCUUGUGGACUUCAACUCCCAGAGUUCCUCAGCCAGCUUUCCUGGCUGAGGAACUCUGGGAGUUGAAGUCCUAAACCUGAAAGUUACUAAGGUUGGAGACCCUUGAUCUAAAAAAUAUAAAUAAAAUAAAAUAAUAAAAUAAAAUAUUUGUGCAGUUUUCUGAGAUUUGGUCUGUUUCUGUAGUAUUUCACUAUAACUAUACAAACACACAAAAUCUCACAAAGCUGUAUGUGGUAUUGUGUGUGUGUGUGUGUGUGUAUGUGUGUGUGAGUGAGUCAGUUGUGUUGUGUUGUGUGUGUGUAAAGUGUAAAAGUUGGUUUUUGAGCUUUUUGUGGCUGUGUGAGGUUCCUGCUUGUUGCAGGGGCCAUUUUGGGUGAAGUGCAGCUGCUUUUACAUUGUGUGUGAGUCAGUUGUGUUGUGUUGUGUGUGUGUAAAGUUUGAAAGUUGGUUUUUGGUACCUCUUAUUGUUUUGUAUACUUUGUUUAUUAUUUUUAUUAUUUAUUGUUUUUGGCUACAUCCACCCAAUCAUCUGACCACCAAGUCACACUCACCAAUUAAGCCACGCCCAGAGAACCAGUAGGGAAAAUUUUUAGAUUUCACCCCUGCUUUGGAUCCAUAAAGAAUCUCAUUGUGCUGAUUGGUAGUUGUUUUUUAAGUUUUUUAAAAUUACCAGUUUCCCCAAAAAUAAGACACACACCCCGAAAAUAAGCCCUAGUUUAAUAGGGACUAUUAAGCCCUAUUCCAAAAAUAAGCCCUAGUUAAGACGCCAACCACUCUGUCCCACUAUCUGCUUGCUCCCGGUCACAAUGGGGCAGGAGGGCACAUAGCACCACCACACUGUGAGGUGAGGCGAGGCAGGUGACGGGGGGAAUUGCGAUACUCACUCAGAACUCGUGUACCUCAAGGCCCCCACAGCCAGGCCUCUGCAACCUCUUCCUGCCCAUUGAAUGACCUGGCUGCCUGCCUGCCUCUUCUUUUUCACUUCCUUCCUGAGCUGGAUGCACGGGUGUCAAACUCGAUUUCAUUGUGGGCUGCAUCAAGGUUGUGUUUGACCUUGGGUGGGUGUGGGGUCAUGGCCAGGGUGUGUGUGGCCAGGGUGAGCAUGGCUAGCUUGGUUUUACUUAUGUCAAGGGCACCUGUGGUGGCCAAGCUCUAAGGCAGGGUGUUGAGGGUAAUCUGGGUUGACAACGAAAAUUGUGGACUGUUGAGCAGAGUACCCUAAGCAUGAAAAUGACUGAGACUGGUUGUAUACAAUAACAGUCACUUGCAGACAAAUUGGGGUUUGAUAUUCCUUUACUUUUAGGGAAAAGGCAAAGUCAUAGUCCAAAAACAAUCCAUAUAAAGUCAGUCUGUCAGGGAUGUUACAAAGUCUUCUUACCGAUGUAGACUUGUACAACAAAUAAGGUCUUUUUCAGUUUGGCAAAACGCAGUUCAAUUCACAACAGUCAGUAUCUUGAGGAAUCAGUAACUAGCCAUGAUCAAGCAAUAAUCAUAAAGCUCAAAUAUACAGUUGCAGCAUGUCAUCAGGUUACAAUGUUGUAGCGUCCCUGUAGAUUCCCCACAAGCCAUAAUUUAGUAGUCCUUUUAUACAUUGGCUACAGAGCUCAACCAAUCAGGAUGCUUGCAUGAUGCAGCACAGCCUUAAAGCAAUAUCAUGCCUUUUUACAAAUAUACAUAGUUAGUUUAUAUAUUGCCUGACCAACUAGUUAGGCAAAUAACAAUUUCCUGACAUAUUCCCCUUUGGACAGGUCAAUGUAUAAUGGCUUACAAUCUCAGCCCAUAACUCUCACAACAUGUUUUAUAUCUGAUCGCACCUGCGGUUUUGUAAAAUUAUCGGCGAUAUUAUUUUCUGACAUACAAUACUCCAGUUGUAUCAUAUUAUUUUGUAUACAUUGCCUUACAUUUAGGUAUCUAAUGUCGGUAUAUUUAGAUCUCGUUUUAACAGCUAAAGUAGUAGCCAUUUUAAUAGCUGUUUGAUUAUCUUCAAAAACAACAAUUGUAUUAUGUACACUCAAACCUAUAUCUAACAUCAAUUGUCUAUAGUAAAUUAAUUCUGUGCACAAUAAAGACAAACAGGAAAAUUCAGCCUCCAUUGUCGACAAACUUAUGUGCUGUUGCCUGAUAGACUUCUACCCAAUUAAUGUAUUUCCUAACAUUAUUGCGAUACCUGAUGUAGAUUUUCUCGUAGCUAAAUCAGUAGCAAAACUAGCAUCAGCAUAUGCAGUCAGUAUAAGAUCACAGCUAGGUUCUAGAUAUAAUGAAUAAUGCAUUAUUAGCUUCAAAUAUCAGUAUCCGUUUUGCAGCUUGCCAAUGCCUCUCAGUUGGUUCUGCAUUAUAUCUAGCUAAUUGGUUAACACAAUAGGAAAUAUCAGGUCUAGACCAAUUACUAAUGUAAGAUAAGCUACCUAUCAAGGAUUGAUAAAUCUCCCUGCUGAAUACAGGACUUUGUAUAUUACCGUGUUUAAAAUCCUGACUCAUAGGUGUUUUUGCUGGUUUACACAGUUCCAUAUUGUAACGUUUCAGUAAUUGGCUAAUUUUAUUAGAUUGGGACAGUUUGUAUCCUCUAGUUGUUUUCUCAAUAUCGAGACCUAAAUAGUGUUUAAUAUUGCCAAGAUUUCGUAUUUUGAAUAUCUUUUGCAACAUAGCAAUAAGUUCUCUUGCUUCCUUUUCAGUUUUAGUUAUAAUGGCAAUAUUGUCUGUAAACAAGAGUAAAAAUGAAACCAAACCAUCUUUCUCUCGUUUAAAGAGACAUUUGUCUGUUAUACUUGCUUUAAAACCUAUGGCAUUUAAUUCCUUCACUAUACAUUUAUUCCAUUCAAACCCUGAUUGCUUUAAAUCAUAAAGACUCUUUUUUAAUUUCCAGCAAUCAGUUCGCCCAUCUGUUCUAAUAUCUAAUGGUUUUUUCAUAUAGAUAUCAUGAUGCAAUGGUGCAUGUAAAUAUGCUGUCUCAAUAUCUAUAUGAGUGAUCUGAUAUUCAUUUUUCACUGCCCACACAACAUUGCUCUCAAUGUGGUUGCUCUCAAACUGGGAGCAAAAACCUCAUCAUAAUCUUUACCAGACUGAGCAAAGCCCUGAGCAAUUAAUCGUGCUUUAUGGGUUACAAUUCCAUCAGCACCGGUCUUUAACUUAUAAAUCCAUCUACAACCAAUUAACCGUUCUCUUGGUGGUAACUUAACAGUUUCAUACACACCUAACUCUGUUAAUGAAUUCAGUUCUUUAUCCAUAGCUUCUUUCCAAGCUAACUGGUCUUUUUCAGGAUACAUUCUAAUAUCAUCAUAGUUAGAAGGUUCUAUGUUUAUUUGAUAAACAACAUUCGCUUGAUACCUAUCGGGUGGACGCCUUACCCUUGUAGAUCUUUUAGGUAAUACAGGAUUCAUAACUGGUCUUUCAUCUAAUUCCUCCCCUAAACUUUCUUUUUCUUUUAUAAUAGAUUCUGCUUCAUCUAUUUCUUCUUCAGGGGUAUUAUUGAAUAUUUGAUCAUCAAUAAUAAAAUUAUCCUCCUUUCUGUAAUUAGCUUGCUCAAGCUUAUCCCUACCUUCAUGCUCCAGGAAUUUGCACUAACACUACGAUAAAUACUAGUGGUACCUGGGGCCCAAAAUCUAAAUGACCUGUGAUUAGAUUCAUACCCAAGAAUGAUGAAUUCACUACAUUGUUUAACACAUGGUUAGCACACAUUAUGGCUUCACCCCAAAGUGAUUCUGGUAGACUAGAAUCUGCUAACAUAGAUCUAGCCAUGGCUUGCAGUGUUUGACCUCUGCGUUCUACAUAAGUGUUAUGUUGUGGUCUAUAAGGGGCAGAACGUUUAUGUUCAAUACCUGCCUCCAGGUAUUAACAUUUUCUCUAAUCUAAGAUUAGUAAACUCAGUACCAUUGUCUGUUACUAAGCAAACUACUUAUUAUCAUAAACUGAGUUAGCAUUAGCCACUACAGCUGGAUUAUCCUUCAGUAUGAAUAAAUCCUUUUCUAAUUUUGUGGUAACACAUCUAUCUUCCUUUUCUAUUAGGCAUUUAUCUCCCCUAAAGGUUAUUACAAAUCCAGCUUGUGCUAAGGCUUUAACAGAUAAUAGGUUGUAUUUUAGUUUCGGUAUACUGCUCAUUGGCAACUGCUCAACAGUCCACGACCUUGGUUGUGAACCCAGAUUACCGUUAACAUUCCCCAGACCCUCCCUCCCUCUCAUUAGAUCCAUCCUUCCUUCCUUCCUUCCUUCCUUCCUCUUCGUUUACCACUUCCCUUUCCUCCCUUACUCACUUCCCAUCUUUCUUUCUUUCUUUUUCUUUUUUUGGUCUUUCCUCUUUCCUUUUCUCAUUUUCUGUUCCUUCUUGGAUGCUUAAAUGCAGAAGGGGAAACAUUUCUCCUUUUGUUUUGUUUUGCUAGUUUUCUGCCAGUGAAACCGGAGCUUAGGGAGGCUGCGCUCAGGCCCCCUGAGCCCUGUUUUUGGCUGUGAUGGCCUCCUGCAGUACUGUUUUGCUGUCAAGAGGCCCUAGUGUGGCCAGAUCUAAGCACCCCAUGGGCCGGAUUCGGCUCAUGUGCCUUGAGUGUGACACCCCUGUUAUGGAGGAUGGUGGGAGAAGCUCGGUCCCUUUAUUCUGCUGUUUCAAAGCCAGGGGAAAGUGACCACUGUUGUGCAUUAGCCAUGUCUGCUGCUGGAGGGGCUUUCUUGUCCCCACUGCCCUGCCCUACCCUGCAGGUCACCUGUCUGGCAGCAGCUCCUGCCUCCUCCUCCACCUGCUGCUUUGGUCCUGUGGUACUACCUCACGCUGCCUGGUCCCUGUUUUCCAUUUCAAUGGCAGCAGAUCUGGACACCUGCAGCUCUAGAGGCCAUCAGUUCUGCCACCGCAUUUCAGUAUCAAUGCCAGCCUUGCCCUCCAGCAGGCCUGGGCAGCUGCUGAAGAGAGACGGGCCAGUUUUACUGCCUGGAGCCCUUGGGAGGUUGCCUUGCCCCUUGCUUUCCAGCCCGCUCUCCUCAGGGCAGGCUGUCUGUGUGCCCCACUCUGUGCUCACACCAGAAGCAGGAUUGAAACUUUGGCUUCUCUCCAGAAGGGUGAAGCGACCUGGCAAGCAGAAGGGUAUGACUUUUCACCUGGCUCUUUGUGCCUUUCUGUUUUUGUUUUUUUUCCUGGACAGACCUUUUCUCACACCCUGGCCGCUUUGUCUUUCAUUUUGUCUUUUUCACACAGCAGGCAGUGAGCCUGGGACAAAUCAGAAACUGAAAUUAGUGCUGUUUUCAUAACAAUAAGCUAUGACUAAUUCCUGCUGUCACAGGAAUAUUUUUGGAUUAAUAAAUGUCUCAUGAAUCUUGUUCAGACUGAGAGAAUAUCAUGACCUUUUAUAUACAUCAUAGUAAUGUUGUAGUUUAUAAGGAAAUAUGGACUCUGAAUUUUUAAAUCUGAGUUAUUGAUACUUCCCAGGCUCUUAAAUAAUCUUUUUAUAAAGUUUACCUACAUUGAGUAAAAUGUCUACUUAAUAAAACUUUAAGCAGUUAUUUGAAUUGCAAUUAUUUAAACAGGAUUAAAUAGGGGCACUUAUUUCAGCUUUUCACCUGAACAAUAUUGGCAACAGGCUUGAGUGCUACUUUGCUCUAAGACCACAGCAAGCAUCACUGAAUUUUCAGUAGUUAGGGAUAUGCAGGUAUUUAUUUUAAACAUUUUGUUUCUAUUUUGCCUGUACAAAUAGCCCUCUAUGUUCGCAAUUUCUAUUUUCUUCUACUUCAGGAUACUCCUCCUGUCAUUAAUAGAAUGCUUAGUAUGAAUAAACUGCUAAAUCCAAGUGAGACAAUGUUUGUUAAUUAGUGUAUCUUAUGACAUGACUGUAAUAUCUUUUGUCUGAAUCAAGUAUACUGAUCAAUAUAUGCCAUAACCUCAGGUUUAGUACAAUGCUGUAUCUUUGUCAUGAGUUGAAUUUUGUUCAAAGAUGGUGCCAAUAAAGGCUGCCUCGGUGAAAUGCUCUCUAAUGGUUUCUUUAUUUCUAAUUAUUCUCUGUGACUCACUAUGGAUUUCCUACUCACGAGACCACCUGCUAAAAAUUAAGCAACAUUUCUUUAAGGAGCAACUUUCUGUGAUCUCACCACCCCCCCGCCUUUACAAAUGCGGAGGACAUUCUAACACAGAAAGAGGCAAUUUCCCCGGAGCCAUGGAUUACCAAAAAAACCAAACGGCGGAAGCGACGAAGGAUUGGUAAAGGGGGGGGGGGUUUCUAAUCAAUCUAAGAAAUAAGAGAAAUAAAACUCCUCUUCCUUCAAUUUUCCUAAACAAUGUAUGUUCACUUGCUAAUAAGAUGGAUGAAAUACUCCUCUUAAACAGAUACAAUUCUGAUUUUCACAAUUCAGCAGUCCUAUGCUUCUCUGAAACCUGGUUAAAUGAAUCAAUUGAAGAUAGCAGCCUGCAUAUCCCAGAGUUUCAGAUUGAACGAUCAGACAGAAUUACCGAAACAUCUGGUAAAAAGAAGGGAGGAGGCUUAUGCUUAUAUAUCAACAACAGUUGGUGCCGGGAUUUAACUAGAAUAUACAAUUUCUGUGACGAAAGCCUAGAGACAUUAAUUAUCAACUGCAAACCAUACUAUUCGCCUCAUGAAUUUUCCUCAUUUCUUCUAAUUGCUGUUUAUGUUCCUCCACAAGCCUGUGUAAACAAGGCAUUACAAACUCUAGCUGACCAAAUCAUGGAGGCUGAAGCCAAAUACCCAGAUUCACUGGCCAUUAUUUUGGGAGAUCUAAACAAGGCAAACUUAAGGAAAGAGCUACCAAAAUUCUUUCAGCAUGUCAAUUGUCCCACUAGAGGCAAGAAUACUUUAGACCAUUGCUACACAACACUAAAAGAUGCUUAGCGGUCUUUACCACGGGCAGCUAUAGGACACUCUGAUCACUGCAUGAUUCACUUUGUACCUGCUUACAGGCAAAGACUUAAAACCACAAAACCAACAAUUAAAUCAAUGAAGACCUGGACUGAGGAGGCAAAAUUAAAGCUACAGGCCUGUUUGACCGCACUGAUUGGAAUAUUUUUUAAAGAUACCUCUGCAAACCUGGAUGAACUCACAGAUAUUGUAACAUCAUAUGUCAGCAUCUGUGAAGACCUAUGUGUACCGACAAGGAACUUGCGAAUAUACAGUAACAACAAACCUUGGUUCACAGCUAAACUUAAGCAGCUACGUCGUUCCAAAGAGGAAGCCUACAGAAAAGGUGAUAAAAUGCUGUACAAUUAGGCCAGAAAUGUAGUAACGAGAGAUCAGAGCAGCAAAAAGAAGCUACUCUGAAAAGCUAAAGAAUCAGUUCUCAACAAAUGAACCAGCAAACAAGUGGAAAACUCUUAAAAAUAUCACCGGCUAUGGCAAACCUCCUUCCCAGGCUGAAGGAUGACCUGGCAGAUGACCUGAAUGAGUUUUACUGCAGGUUUGAAAGGAAACUACAGCCACCUAUCUCCACAACACCCAUCUCAGACACACUAACAACAGCCAAGCCUCCUACAUCUGACACAUCCCAUUGGGUUCACAACCCUUAGUGAUCACAGAAAAGGAAGUGCAGGACCUAUUUCACAGACAAAAGCCAGGAAAAGCUCCAGGACCAGACAAGAUAACUCCUUCUUGCUUAAAAGUCUGUGCUGACCAAUUGGCCCCCAUCGUCACCCGUAUCUUCAAUAAAUCACUAGAGAUGUGCUAUGUUCCUUCUUGCUUCAAACACUCUACCAUCAUCCCAGUGCCAAAGAAGCCCACAAUCAAGGAACUGAAUUACUAUAGACCAGUUGCUUUAGCAUCUGUAGUCAUGAAAACCUUUGAAAGGCUAGUGCUGUCCCACUUGAAAACCAUCACGGAUCCGCUGUUAGACCCCUUGCAAUUUGCAUACCGAGCAAAUAGAUCAACAGAUGAUGCUGUUAAUAUGGCUCUGCACUACAUCCUACAACAUCUUGAAUCUCCAAAGACCUAUGCAAGGGUCCUCUUUGUAGACUUUAGUUCAGCAUUCAAUACCAUCAUUCCAUACACUCUUCUAACUAAGCUAAACCAGCUAUAGGUUACCUGAACAGACUUGUAAGUGGAUCACAAGCUUCCUAACAAACAGGAAGCAGCAGGUGAAGCUAAGCAGGGUCACAUCAGAUACCUGUACAAUUAGCACAGGGGCCUCCCAAGGCUGUGUGCUCUCCCCAUUUCUCUUCUCUCUGUAUACCAAUGACUGCAUCUCCAACGAUCCAUCUGUUAAAUUACUGAAGUUCGCAGAUGACACAACAGUGAUCGGUCUUAUUCGAGACAAUGAUGAAUCUGCAUACAGACAGGAGGUUGAAUGACUAGUCUUAUGGUGCGACCAAAACAAUCUGGAACUGAACACACUCAAAACCGUAGAAAUGGUGGUAGACUUUAGGAGAAACCCUUCCAUACUUCCACCUCUCAAAAUACUAGACAACACAGUAUCAGCAGUAGAAAACUUCAAAUUUCUAGGUUCUAUCAUAUCGCAAGAUCUAAAAUGGACAACUAACAUCAAAAACAUCAUCAAAAAAGGACAACAAAGAAUGUUCUUUCUGCGCCAACUCAGAAAGCUCAAACUGCCCAAGGAGCUGCUGAUGCAGUUCUACAGAGGAAUUAUUGAGUCUGUCAUUUGCACCUCUAUAACUGUCUGGUUUGGUUUUGCAACCCAACAAGAAAGACACAGACUUCAGAGGAUAAUUAGAACUGCAGAAAAAACAAUGGCUACCAACCUGCCUUCCAUUGAGGACCUGUAUACUGCACGAAUCAAGAAGAGGGCCGUGAAAAUAUUUACAGAUCCCUCACAUCCUGGACAUAAACUGUUUCAACUCCUACCCUCAAAACGACGCUAUAGAGCACUGCACACCAGAACAACUAGACACAAGAACAGUUUUUUUCCUAACGCCAUCACUCUGCUAAACAAAUAAUUCCCUCAACACUGUCAAACUAUUUACUAAAUCUGCACUAUUAAUCUUCUCAUUGCUCCCAUCACCCAUCUCCUUCCACUUAUGACUGUAUGACUGUAACUUUGUUGCUGGUAAUCCUUAUGGUUUAUAUUGAUAUUGAUUGUUUCCUGAUUGCUUAUUUGUAUCCUAUGAUUAUCACUAAGUGUUGUAUCAUUAAGUGUAAAUUUGUACCCUAUGACCAUCAUUAACCAUUGUAAGUGUUGUACCUUGAUGAAGGUAUCUUUUCUUUUAUGUACACUGAGAACAUAUGCACCAAGACAAAUUCCUUGUGUGUCCAAUCACACUUGGCCAAUAAAUUCUAUUCUAUUCUAUUCUAUUCUAUUCUAUUCUAUUCUAUUCUAUUCUAUUCUAUUCUAUUCUAUUCUAUUCUAUUCUAUUCUAUUCAUGCAGAAUACAAUGUUCCAUUUCUUGACUAUAUGAGAUAAUAAUAAUGAUGAAAACGAUAAUAAUAAAAAUAAAAAAUAGAUCAAUGGCAGACUGAAAAUUAUCUGUUACGAAAAGAUCCAAGAUGUUAGCUUUGAUAUUUAAAAAUUUAGAUAGCUAGGAAUUAAUAUAAUUUAGAAACCCUAUUCUGUCUAUUUUUUAUUUUGGAUUUUAAGGUCAUGAAAAAUGCUUUUUGAUUGCACAAUCAAAAUAAAAUAAAAUUGGCCACAACUAUGGAAAUUUUCAAGUGUCAAUUCUUUUCUAAAAACCACUGUACAGAUUUUGGUAAGCAUGUGGCAUGUCAAUUAUAACGAUCCACUAUAUGGGAUCCACUAUGUUAUUCUCCAAAAACUCUGCAAAACUAUUUAGUUGGGGUAGCUUUUUAGAAGUGAAAGUGUCACAGACAGAACUGAUCAUAAGUAAAAGAACAACAAUCCUACUGCAGACAGUUACAUCUAUGUAAUUUAUGUGGUGGUUUAUUACUCACAGGAAAUAACUGCUCCUUCAGGUUCUCUAAUAUACUUGGUUUCCUUAGAAGUAUUUCUUUGCAAUAUGCAAUAAUCUGAUAUGAUUUUUGCUUUUAUUAUAAGUUUUUUCAUCAGGACUUUCUAAUUAAAGCUUGCUUUCAGAAACCAUGGUUGGGAAAAUAAAACUGAUCUUGCACAUUGGAACACUGCUAUUGAAUAUUCUGUCUCUUCAUAAUCUAUAUAUAUAAAAGCGAAAUACAACUCACGCAUCAUCACAAAAUCUCCAGAACCGUAAAGCCUACAAACUUGAAAUUUGCCACGUAUGUUCCUCUUGGCUGCUAGGUGCUCACUAAGAAAGGAUUUUUCAAAAUGACCAUCAAAGCAUUAGUAUUUCCUAUAUUAUGAUUGCCACCACACUCUGAUGCUAAGGUGUUCUACUCCCCCUCCCCACCUGAAAAGUAAUCUGUUCCAAAUGCAAAACACAAGCAGAGGAGAGGAGUUUCAGUUUCAGUUUUACUUUCACAGCAGCAAGCAGGGGGUAGGAUAGGGGAGGCUUCUAUGGGUCAAGGCUGAGGGAGAGAAGGGGAUAGGAUAGGAGAGGUCUCUGGGUGGCAAGGCUGAGGGAGAAAAGGGGAUAGGAUAGGGGAGGCUUCUGUGGGGCAAGCCUGAGGCAGAGACGGGGAUAGGAUAGGAGAUGUUUCUGUGGGGCAAGCCUGAGGGAGAGAAGGGAAGAGGAGAGGCCGAUCAUAACUACUCAAUAAUUUUCAAGCUGUGUUGAUUUAUUAAGUCUGAUCACAUAGUUUCGUAGCUGAGCACGGGUAUUCAGCUAGUCUCUCUCUAUAUAAAAGCCAAAUACCACCCACUCAUCAUGAAAUCUCCAGAACUGUAAAGCCUACAAACUUGAAAUUUGGCACGUAUGUUCCUCUUGGCUUCUAGGUGCCUGCUAAGGAAGAAUUUUUCAAAUGACCAUUAGAUCAUUAGCAUUUCAUAUAUAGUAUUAUAUUCACAUGCUCUGAUGCUAAGGAGUUAGAUGUUCUACUCCCCCUCCCCACCUGAAAAGAACUCUGUUCCAACUGCCAGUUGCCUUAUAUUAACCCUUCCCCACCUGAAAAGAACUCUGUUCCAACUGCCAGUUGCCUCACAUUCUGUUAUCUCAGUUCAAACUGACACACAUUCCAUUCCUUCACUCAGAAGUGGUCUGGGACUCCUUACAGUACUAAACAUAACUACCUCACCAAAAUGUCUAUGCCUUCCACCUAUAGAACUGCUUCUGAAUUCAAGGUGGUGGGAGAGAUAUUCCCUUAUGAGUUUCAAUCACUGACCACCACUGAGCCAACGGAUUGUGAACCGAAUUUCUCCUGCAUAGUGUCCCAGCCCCAAAUCACUUCUUACACUGACCACCUCAGUUCAGACGAAUCUGUUCCUUCUACUGUAACACCAUUUAAAGGGAAAAAGGGGGAAAAACGCAGGAAAGGAUUUACAGAUGUGAUUAGGAAAACAAAAGUAAGGGAAGCUGCAAAAAUGUAUCAUCAAAAUCAUCCCAAAGUCAAUAGAGAGGCUGUAAAAAAGUGUGCAUCUAAUAAUUCCUAUGUUAAUCAGGCAGUUACAGCUAAAUACAAUACAAUUACAAAUACAAAUACAAUGAAAAGGUAUUACAAAACAGAUCAAUGCCUUGGACUAAUAAGUAUUUAUCUGGUUUUAAAUAUGAAACUCCAUUAUUACUCCAGGGAAAAGGUUGUUGAUCUUGGACCAUGAUUACCCUGUGCCUGGUGCCGUGCCCUGAAGUGAUGAGACUCCUGGGAUGUGCUGCAGUGGCGGUAAAGUCCAGCUGACUCCCCUUGUGUCCUACACAGCCACCAGCAUGCAAUGGCAUAGCACUUUCUUUCUGCUGCCUGGAAGUACAACUAAUAGUGAAACUUAUUGUUUGGAAUAUUUAAUUUAGCCAUUGCAUUCUCUAAACCAGCAGUCACCAACCAGUGGUCCGCAGACCACUGGUGGUCCACAAGAAAAUUUUGGUGGUCCGUGGAGAAAUCUUCAUAUUUUUGCUGGUGCACCCUGUUGGGGACCAAUGGGCCAGUCCUGUGAGUGUGACUACUACAGCUCUGGAAUAUGGGACUAGACAUGGCAGGGCUGGAAAUGUGCAACUUUGCAGGUGGUGCAAUACGCAAAAGGAGCACAGCGCUCUCUGUCCGGAAUGAAGUAAUGGUGCUGUUGCCAUGGCAGGGGAGGGGCGGUGCAAGCGGGCCGAAGCAGCGAUUGCGAUGUCUGAAAGCUUGCACUUGUGCAGCAUCAGCAUUCCGCCUCGGUAUAUAUACGCCAGCCGCUGGUGCAAAGCAGCCUUCGUGUCAGCUUGCCUCAGAUUAAUGUUUAAGAAAAUAAAGACCCAACUCCAUCAUUUUGAAGAGAUUGGUAAUUUUUACUAAACAAGUCAGAUUGCAAACAAAGCUAAACCAGAACUGAAAGUAUACUAAAAACACAGACGUCAUAUCCUCUCCUGAACCCUCCUCCCAUUAGAGUUCAAACAGUCAUAAUCCAAUGUCGUCUUCCUCCUUGGCCACAUGUAGUUUCACUUCCGAUAUUCUCCCUCUGUAAAUCUUCUGGAUGGAAUGUGAAGCAGGCAAUUCCCGUUACAUUCACGCGCCAAAUCAGUUCAAACGUCUGUUUGAAAGACUAUCUACUCCUACACCUACAAUGUCAGCCGAACGCUGACAACAGUACAAACCUCCCCCCUCCUCCAUAAAUCAUGUAAGACAUUCAGUAAGAAGAAAACCUUUAACGAAGUAAUAAAACAGUAAAACAGUCUAGCAGGAGAAAUACACUUAAAUAAAGCAGAGGCUGACAUUCGCCCCUCCUUUGAAAAAGAACGUUAGUCC